AAAGCCUGUAUGUUUGGUAACAAAGAAAACAAGCUUUAACGCUCUAUCUGAUUCUUGCCCUAUCAAAUGCCACUCUCUUUGUACUUCUUGAGAUUGUCUGGUCUGCAGCCAAAUCAUGUUCUGAACCCAAUUUUAUUCCCACCUUCUACUAUGGUGGAAUUCAAUCAUUUGCCAAGUACAUUUGAAGCAAAUUAUCGUGAAACCCCGGCGAAGAAAAUAUCGUGCUCAUUUUCUUAUUUUAAUUCCUUCAGACUUCAACCGGUUGGAGCAUUUCGUCUCAAUGUUGAUGUAGGGGAGAUACCUGGUUUUUGCAAAUGUCACAAGUCAAAAAUUGGAAUUGAUUCGAUAGAGAUACAAACUUUUGAUGAGGGCCCGUUAGAUGCAUUUUAUGACUCUAUUGAUAGUGUAUAUAACGAAGAUUAUAAGGAAAAGGAAAGAAGAAGAAAGAUAGGUUUGGCCAACAAAGGGAAUGUACCAUGGAACAAAGGCAGAAAACAUACUGUUGAGACUCGUGAGCGAAUCAGGCAGAGAACAAUUGAAGCUUUGAGAGACCCCAAGGUCAGGAGAAAGAUGGCUGAACAUCCCCAUUCUCAUAGUGAUGAGAGCAAAGCAAGAAUAGGGUCUGCAUUAAGACAUUCUUGGGCAAAGCGUUUAAGAUGGAAAAGAUUGGGGGAAGAGUUCAUUCUGUCAUGGUCAGAAAACAUAGCUAAAGCAGCUAAGGAUGGAUGGAGUGACCAACAAGAACUAGAUUGGAAUAGCUAUGAUAAGAUAAAACAAGAAAUGGCUGUCCAACAGCUCCAGCGGGCUGCAGAUAAGGCUAAGGCGAAGGAGAUGGCUAAGAUAAAUGCAGUUAAAGCAGCUGUGGCAAGAGCAGAGAAAGCUGCUCUGGCAAAAGCAGAGAAGAUGGCAAGGAUUGCCAAAAAGAGAAAAGAGCGUGAGGAGAAGGCAAAACGAAGAAGGGAAAUAAAGAGUAAGGCAAGAAGAAAAUCAGAAAAAAGUGGAGAGUUAUCAGUUCCCCAAGAGUUGAAACUUAAGCAGAGAUUAACAAAGAUUCACAAAAAGAAAUCCAUAACUGGUCUGGUUGCUACACAAGGAGACAUGGUGCGUAUGCAUAUCCAAGCUUUGGAGAAGUUGGAUAUAAACCUAAUAAAGAAAGAAAAACAGCAGAGAGAAGUUUCACUUGCAGACCAGAUCCAAGCUGCCAAAAACAAAAGAGCCCAGUCCAUGGCCAAGGAUGUUCUGGCAGGCUUAUCCACUAUUCACGGUUCAGUGUGAGAUCUGAAAACUGAACUUAGUAAAUGUUUGCAUCAAAGUAAACGACCUUGGAGGGGAAAUAUUAGUUGGUGAAAAUUCUUUUCUAACUUCUGUCAGUUCCUGCUUAUAGUUAUUGCUUGUGCAGCAGCACUCCUUUUCUCAUGGUUGAAAAGUGAUAGCAGUAGAUCUACUCUAGGUAGUUUUGUAGUGCAAUCUUCCUAUGUAAUCUAGAACAAGCAAAAAUAUUUAACAGCUUAUCA